CCAAUGGGAAGGUCUUGCGAUGGGGUUCCUCUUAUGCUUGUGAUGUUUAGAUCUAGAUUCCGUGUUCCUGUAGCUCGGUGAUAGCUUGAUUCGGGGUCGGCGUCCACUUUUCAUAUCCGCGCGUUGAUAUGCACGCGGUCCCUUCGUACAGACGGGAGUAUAUAAUACGAUGAUGUUCCCUUCUCUGUUCUAAUGGAGGUCCAGAACCGUAGUGUAUUUCGGUCUCAAGUACAUUGAAGUCGCUAGGAGAGCUCCUAUCACAAUGAAGACUACCACUACGCUGCUCAGGUGGCUUGCGGCCUCCCUACUUGCAGCCACUGGCGUUUCUGGGCAGUCGAUCGCUCAGAUCAACGGUGAUCGCUUCUUAUCGCCGCUCAACGGCCACAAUGUCACUAACGUCACGGGAAUCGUAACGGCGAAGGGUCCUGAAGGCAUCUGGCUACGAUCCAUCAAGUCGAGUUGCGACAAGCGUGUCUCAGAUGGCCUAUACGUGUACGGCUCGGCGCUCGCCAAGAACACCAGCAUCAAUGUUGGUGAUGUCCUUGUCGUCGACGGAAAGGUCAGCGAGUACCGCUCUAACAAGGACUACUUGUACAUGACGGAGCUCGCAUCGCCAAAGGUUACGGCUAUCCUAGAACGUAGUGGGAAAGUUGAGCCGAUCGUGAUUGGCAAGGGGGCACUUAGUCCGCCGACGAAACAGUAUUCCGGCCUAGAUAAGGGCGAUGUGUUCGCCGUGCCGAAUAACCAGAGCUUGAUCUCCGUCGAGAACCCCCUACUAGAACCAGAGUUGUACGGCUUAGACUUCUGGGAGAGUCUGACGGGUGAGCUGGUUACGAUCGAGAGCCCACGUGCAGUUGGACGACCUAAUCAGUAUGGCGACACAUGGGUUGUUGGAAACUGGAAUACAACGGGCGAUAACGACCGUACGGGUCUCACCGUCUCUGCUGCGGACGGUAACCCGGAGGCUAUUAUCAUCGGUAGUCCGCUCGACGGAUCUAAGAACCCGAAGGACACGAAGCUAGGCGACAAACUCGAAACCAUUACCGGCGUCGUCUACCAGGCCUUCGGAUUCUACCGCAUCCUCCCGUUGACGAACGUGAGUGUCGCUGAGUCCCUCGCCCCUGAAGUAGCUCCGCCGACUUCAAUAGUGAGCGAAGGGACGUGCAAGGGCAUCACCGUGGGUAGUUACAACAUCGAGAACUUCUACGCUGGUGACACUGCACAUGUCCAAGCUGUUGCGAAGCAUAUCGUCCAAUCCAUGCGCACACCGGAUCUACUAGCGGUUCAGGAGAUCCAGGACGACAACGGCGAGAUAGACGACGGCACCGUGAGCUCUGACGAAACUCUCACGGCACUAGCGACAGCUAUUCAGGCCUUUAGCACUGCUAACAUCACUUACAAAUACACCUACAUCAGCCCCCUAAACGACAAAUCCGGCGGCGCUCCCGGCAGCAACAUCCGCGUCGCAUACCUAUACCGAGCAGACCGCCUACGGCUCCGGAACCCGAGCCCAGGUAAUGCUACCACGGCCAACGAAGUGCUACCCGGCCCCGAACUCAAGUUCAACCCGGGCUACAUCGACCCGUCGAACGCGGCCUGGACCAAUAGCCGGAAGCCUCUAGCAGCAGCGUGGGAGCUCGUGGGUAGUAGUAACAGUAGUACAAGCAAGACGCUAUUCACGGUGAACGUGCACUGGGGCUCCAAGGGCGGCAGCUCCUCGCUACACGGCGACGCCCGACCGCCUGUCAACGGGGGCGUAGAGGAUCGACUGGCGCAGGCUGAGACUACUGCUUCCUUCAUCGCAGACAUCCUCACCCAAUACCCCUCCGCAGCCAUAGUAACGCUCGGCGACUUCAACGAGUUCGCCUUCGCGGCCCCAGUCACUAUAUUCAGCACCCUCUCGGGCCUAGCAGACUUGGACGUCGCGGUAGGUAUCCCGCCCGAGGAGCGGUACACAUACCUGUACGACAUGAACUCGCAAGAGCUCGACCACGUCUUCGUCAGCCCGGCGCUAGCGGCGGCGGAGAGCACGCGCUUCGAGCACGUGCACGUAAACACUUGGGUGCCGUACUCGGAGAGGACGUCGGAUCACGAUCCGAGCGUGGGGAGGUUUGAUAUCUGCCGGUGACGUUACCUACCUAAUACAUACCUACAUAGUAAUAUACGUAGUUCAGGGGUGCGUGUGUAAAUGUAUGUACCUAAAUAUGUAAGAAAUAUAAUAACUACCUAACCUACCUAAGAUAUAAUAAACAAGUACAUGCAC